AAAUAUGCACACACACACAUUGAAGGUCAGGUGUUCAUUGCAAUACCUGUUUUCUGAGCAUAUAUUGACGCAUACUCCAGAUAUAAAUUACAUACAUACUUGUACUGUAUUACGUCUGCACUGAACAGAUAGUGGGAAGAAGCUAGUGAAAUUAAUUGUUUGCACAAGUUUGUUCGAGUUGUUUGCAGUGAGGCUCUUUUUUCAAUAUGCCUGAAGGUAUUGAACUUCGCUUUUUAACUGCUUGGUACUGUCCAUUUGCUCAACGACUCUGGAUUGCUCUCUUGGAGAAAGGAACUCCUUUUAAAUAUGAAGAAAUUGAUCCUUAUAACAAGACUGAAGAAUUUUUAAAACUGAAUCCAAGAGGUUUGGUACCAGUGUUGGUACAUGAUGAUAAAAUUAUUUAUGAAUCUGCUGUAUGUAUAGAAUAUGUUGAUGAGACUUGGCCGCAAAAACCCAAAAUUAUGAUGGAACAACCUUAUGAUAAAGCUCAGGUUCGUAUCUGGGGCGAUUAUGCUGAGAGUAAAAUAAUUCCAUUAUUUUAUUCUGUUUUGAAAUCAGAUCCUGAAAAUCUUGAUGGAAUACAAAAAUCUUUAAUUGAAAAUAUUGGAAGUUUUGUGAAAGCCAUGUCUCCAACUGGAAAUUUUUUCAUGGGAGACUCAUUUUCAUUUGUUGAUAUAAUGGCAUUUCCAUGGUUGCAAAGGUUGGAAGUUUUGAAACAUUAUAAAAGUUUUGAAAUACCAUCUGAUAUUGAUUGGUAUCCUCGGUUCCAGAAAUGGCUGACUGCUUGUUCUGAAAGGGAGAGUGUAACACCUACUAUUCCUAAUAUGAAGAAAUUAAUUCCACACUAUACACGUUAUGUGAAGACAAAGUAAAAUAGCUAAAGAAUCCAUUUGCACCGUCUUCCAUUUUUUGGGAAUAUAUUUUAUUAAACAAGUUUGUAGCAUAGCCUUGCAUUAUUCAUCUUCUUCCAAAUUACAUAAUGAAAACAUUGAAUUAAUAUUUGAUAGAAUGGUAGACCCUAAUAAUCAACACAUAAAAGUGAAAUUUUUUGUAACUUGAAGAUAAAGAAAAAUAUUGGAAAAUACACAAAGUAACAAUCUUUACAUUUUCUAAAACUAUCUAUUCAUUAAUAUUUAUGACUAUUUUUCUGUAUAGGAUAAUUCCCAAUGUUUAGGAAAACAUUAUACUUUGUCAUGGUGUUUUAGUGGGAAAAUGAAACCAAUAUCUGUAAAGGCAUUUAUUUUAUUGAGACCACUUCAUUACACCCAGAUUCUUUUUAAUAUCUUUAUCCUCCACUCUAUAAGUGGAGAGCUGGCAGAAUUGUUAGCAUGCCAGGCAAAAUGCAUUUUGUCUGCAAAAGAGAAUAUAUCCACUGACAGCUUUUCAGUGCAUUCAAAAAUCACAUACCCACUCCAUUUCCCAUGACAGGUUAGGAUCUGAAAUACUCGAAACAGGCGCAUAGCAUGUUGCUUAGUCGAAUUAACCCAUCAUUUACUCCACAAAUGUUUUCUUGCCAAUGCUGCACUUUCCCAUAUCACCUAUUUCAACAUAACUGUAAUAUAUUAUAUACAAACUAUGCCAUUUUAAUCCCGAGCAAUGCCGGGUAUCUCUGCUAGUAUAUAUAUAUAUAUAUACACACACACACACAAAUAUAUAUAUAUAUAUAUAUACACACACACACACUAUAAUAAUAUAAAUUAUAUAUAUAUGCAUAUAUAGACACACAUAUGUACAUACAUACGUAUAUAUGUAUAUAGCUAUGUAUAUAUCAGUACAGGAUGUCACAAAAACAUUAACAAACAUGAAAUACGAAAAUAACGUUGGGUACGCAAAAAACAAGAGAAACGAAUGGAAAACAAAAUAAGUAACAUAAAAAAAAACGACACUUCAUCAGUCGUCGGCUGUCCUUCUACUCCUUAUUUCAAGCAUUCAAACAGCAAGAUAAGACUUUGAAGGCAGUUGUUCCUGCAAACCGAAAUAAAAAAUUUAGGAUUUGCAGAGGGUCGAAGUUGGUAGCAAAAACAGGACAUACAACAAAUCAAAUGAAACGAAUAAAACAAGGAGGGACGUUAGGCACAGAUGAGGUAAAAAUGGUGAACACUUGAAGAAGAUUCGUUGAUAAGAGAAAAGAAAGGAGACAAGUCCAAAUGUGUUCGAACUGCACAAGAGAUUACACACACACACACACACACAUAUAUAUAUAUAUAUAUACACACACACACACAUAUAUAUAUUUCUUUAUUGCUCAGAGGGGGCUAAACACAGAGGGAACAAACAAAGGCUUAAGUUGAUUACAUCGACCCCUAGUGCAUAAACGGUACUUAUUUUAUUGACCCUGGAAGGAUGAAAGGCAAAGUCAACCUUGGUGGAAUUUGAACUCAGAACGUAACAGAAGAUGAAAUGCCGCUAAGCAUUUCGCCUGUCAUUACGUGUGUAUAUACACACACACACAUGUGCGCGCUCAUAUAUUUUAGUUGUUUCGGUCAUGUUGUGGCAAUGCCUUCAAAAAUCCUGUGCAUCGGCCGGGAAACAAACCCGGGCCGCCUGCGUGGCAGGUGAGCAUAUCAUCAUCAUUUAAUGUCUAUGUUUCAUGCUUGCAUGGGUUAGAUGGAUGGACGGCAUCUUCCUCCAGUUUCUGUUUUGGCAUAGAUUCCAUAGCUGGAUGCCCUUCAUAAUGCCAUCCAUUUAUACACACUUACCUUACACAUCCAACGGGGCAUGCUAGCUUCAUUUCUUUCCAUCUUCUCCUGUCCUUUGCAUUCAAUGGCCAUAUCUCACUAUUAAGCAGUGUUGCAGUUCUAAUGCAUGCAACAUAUAGUCUGCCUUUCACUCUGUGUGAAAAGACCUUUGUUGCUAGAAAUGGUAGCAGCUCUUUGAACUUUUUCCAGCCUGUUCUUACUCUGGUACUAUGCUUUCAUGGCUAAUUCAAAUAAGAAGACACUGAGUUUAGUUCUUCUCUAAUUAUCAGUUACAGUUGUUUUGGUACCACUAUUUUUAAUCUGAAUCUCAUAAGAAAUACAAUCUUAUGAUGUAUUUUAAGUACAGUGUAGAUUUUUAAAAACAUAAUUUAAGUCUUUCAAAAAUCCAUACUAAUGUUUGAGUGUCUUGAAAAAUAACUUAUUCUCAAUUUUGCAAUGGUUGAGUAUGAUUCAAACAACAGGAUAUGCAACAGUUUUUAAAGCUCUUUUUCUUUUUUAAUUUUUUUAUCAUUAAAACAUAUUUUUCUUAACCUCGUGACAUGUGUGUCAGUUAUUUUAUUUUUUUGCUUUAUUUUUUAUUAUUUUUGUCAUCUCAAAUGUACCCCUAGAUAAAAAAGGUUGUUUAUAUAAACUAGUGAUUUUCAUUCACGUUUAAAUAAAUUAGUAGCUCACAUAUUUAAUUCACAUCUUUUCUUUCAUCCUUUUUCUACAUUACAUUAUUUAUUCACCAAAAGGUGUUUCAGUCAUUAGACCGGCCAUGCUGGGGCACCAUCUUGAAGAAUUUUAUUCAAAAGAAUCGACCCCAGUCCUUAUUUGUAUUUUAAGCCCAGUAUUAUUCUAUGUUGCUUUUUGCUGAACCAGUAAGUUAUGGGGAUGUAAACACACCAAACCAACACUGGUUGUCAAGUAGUGAUGAGACACAAACACAAUGGACUUCUUUCAGUUUCUGUCUACCAAAUCCACUCACAAGUCUUUGACUGGCCUGAGGCUGUAGUAGAAGACACUUGCCCAAGGUGUCAUGCAGUGGGACUGAACCGGAACCAUGUGGUUGGGAAGCAAACUUAUUAUUUCAUUAUCUUUGACUUUUGAGAAAAAAAAAGUCUGUAAUAUUGAAGACAUUAUUAAUUAUCUCAGAAAAACUUGUAAAUUGUGUGAGCAAUUUCUUAAAUGAGGUACAGAUUAUAUAAGGUAACAAUAGUAAUCUUUGUAUUAUUAUUAGCCCUUCUACUAUAUUAGUUUCAAAUUUGGGGACAAGAUUAUGCCCUUGUACUACAUUUUAAAUGAAUACAAUAGACACCGAAUAUUUGCAUCACAGUAGCAAAGUUGUAAUUUUUUUUUAUUGAUAAUUAAUUAAAUCUGCCAUCCUUCCUCUGAUAUCUGUAACUGGCUUUUAUAAUCUUAACGGUACUAUUCAAUUAAUUAUUCCAGUCAAAUGCAGUCAUGAUUUUAUUAAUUCUAUAAACCUACUCCGUGAUUGCAUAAUUUCUCGUAACUAAUGGCACAGAAGUGGAUGUAAGUGUUGGAUAUAUUUAGCUUAGCUGCUUGGCAGUAUGUAUUAAAACGUAAAAUUAAUACCGAGACAAAAUUGUCUAAGGGAAGUAACUGUAAGCGCCUUGGACAUUGAAUCACUGCUGAGUUAUUUCUCGUUCAACAAGGAGCCAAUGAUUGUUAUCUGUAGGCUUUUUUAAUGUUUAGCUGAUAAUUAAAAUUUGGAAGUUUAAUGAAUGGAAGUAAAUAAAGUAAAACGAUUAUACAAGCAAUUUUAAA